UGGAACAGCCUCUGCAUCUUUUGCCUAAGCUCCCUCCGUAGUCCUAAACUCCGAAGUCCUAACCAGAAGUCUCCAACUUGGACAGUAAUGAUCGUGCCACACAACCAAAACAGAAGUAGUGAAGCCGAAGCUUUUAACAAAUUAUAACAGCAUAUUCUCUCACUGUAUCUGUCUUGAGCUCUCUCUCUCAGCUUCCUCAAAUUCAACACUAGACAUGCUCCGCCACAGCCACUCCCAGCUAGCGGCCACCGCCACCCACCUCCGUCGUUUCUCCACCGCUGAUCCAAACCUCCUCCUCCAAUCCUACACUGUGACCCCACCACUCAAACCCUGGCCCCAGCGCCUCUACCCAAAGCGCCUAGUCUCCAUGAUCACCCGCCAACAAAAUCUCGACCUUGCCCUCCAAAUCUUCCACUACGCCGGCAAAUUCCACCCGGACUUUUCCCACAAUUACGACACCUACCACGCCAUUAUCCAACGCCUAUGUCGAGCCCGAGAAUUCAAUCCCGUCGAGUCCUUGCUCUCCGACCUUCGUCACUCCCACAUCAAAUGCGGCGAAAACCUUUUCGUCGACGUUAUACGAAGUUACGGUCUCGCUUCUAAACCUGACCUCGCCGUUAAAACCUUCCUGCGCAUUCAUACUUUCGAUGUUCAACGCUCAGUCAGGUCGUUGAACACUUUGUUGAACGCUUUGGUUCAGAACAAACGAUAUGGUUUGGUUCAUGUUUUGUUCAAGAAUAGUCAAACUAGAUUUGGGGUUGUGCCCAAUGUGUUUACUUGUAACAUUUUGAUUAAGGCAAUGUGUAAAAAGAAUGAUGUGGAAGGUGCACUCCAGGUGCUCGAUGAAAUGCCCGGUAUGGGGUUUGUGCCUAAUUUGGUUACUUACACCACUGUUUUAUGUGGGUAUGUUGCGCGGGGCGAUAUGGGUAGUGCUAGGAGGGUUUUUGUUGAGCUUUUUGAUAGAGGGUGGGUGCCUGAUGCUACUACGUAUACGGUUUUGAUGGAUGGGUUUUGUAAGCUAGGGAUGUUGGUUGACGCAAUUAAGUUGAUGGAUGAUAUGGAGGAGAAUGGGGUUGAGCCCAAUGAGGUUACCUAUGGUGUCAUGAUUGAGGCUUAUUGUAAAGAUAAGAAGUCGGGCGAAGCACGUAACUUGCUUGAUGAUAUGCUUGAGAAGAGAUAUAUACCUAGCUCAACACUUUGUUGUAAGGUGGUUGAUGUGUUGUGUGAAGAAGGGAAGGUUGAGGAUGCAUGUGUGUUGUGGAAGAGGCUUUUGAAGAAGAGUGUUACGCCUGACAAUGCAAUAUCAAGCUCACUUCUACAUUGGCUUUGUAAGGAAGGGAAGAUAAGGGAAGCAAGGAAGUUGUUUGAUGAAUUUGAGAGGGGUUCUAUUCCGAGUGUUUUGAUUUAUAAUACACUCAUAGCGGGGAUGUGUGAGAAGGGAGAGUUGUGUGAGGCAGGGAGGGUGUGGGAUGACAUGGUGGAAAAAGGUUGUGCUCCUAAUGCUUUUACCUAUAACAUGUUGAUUAAGGGGUUUUGUAAGGUUGGCAAUGCAAAGGAGGGGAUCAAAAUCCUGGAGGAAAUGUUAGAAAAGGGAUGUUUGCCGAACAAUUCAACUUACUCUGUAUUGAUCAAGGGGCUUUAUGACUCCGGAAAGGAAGAAGAAAUUAUAGAGGUUCUUUCAAUGGCCAUGUAAAGUGGAGGAAUUGAUAGUAAUUCUUGGGGUCUUUUCUUAACCGACAUCAUUGUUAAUCUCAAUAGUGGGACUGAUGGUCUUAACAGAAUAUAUAUGGAUGGUGGUUUAUAAAAGUUCAUGGAUUAUAUAGUCAACUUCAGAGACAUGAGGGUUAGGAGCUGUAGACACCACAUUUUCGUGGUCUCUUACAGGAGUAUCUUUUU